AUGCCCUCAGCCAUCAGUAUUGGAGUGAUCGCGGGCCUGAGUGUCGCUGCUUCGGCCGUACCUUCUCUCCAGAAGAAUGGCACUACCUGCACCGUCAUCCCUUUAGGAAACGGACAGGAUGAUGUCCCCAACAUCCUCUCGGCCGUUGACGAAUGUGGCCAGACCUCUGGAGGGAGAGUUGUUCUCCCAGCGCCGUAUACCUACCGAAUUAACCAACGGAUGACGACUCACCUGACCGAUUCCCGACUCGAGAUCGGUGGUACGCUUCUCUUCAGCGACGAUAUCGACUACUGGGUCAACAACUCCUACCGGGUGGACUUUCAGAAUCAGUCAAGUGCCUGGCGUAUCACGGGUCAUGACUAUGUUGUGGAUGGAGGUCCACGUCAAGGUGGAGUGGAUGGGAAUGGACAGCUGUGGUACACUUGGGCCAAGGGAGGAAGCAAUGUCUUCGGACGACCGAUGCCAGUGCAUGUGUUCGAGUCGACGCGAGCAACCCUGCGUAACCUGGCAAUCCGGCAGCCUCAGUUUUGGGCUGUUCUUGUCGAUUCCUCUUCGCAUAUCAACCUCGAUAAUUUUUACGUGAAUGCCACAAACCAUGACUCCUCGGUGAGCCCAGAGGGCGAGUGGGUGCAGAAUACGGAUGGGAUCGACACGUACCGAUCCGACCAUAUUACGGUUACCAACUGGGUGUACCAAGGCGGAGACGAUGCAGUGGCUUUCAAAGGGAACUCGACGAACAUACAUGUAGAGAAUGUCACGGUUUACGGCGGACCGGGCAUCGCUUUUGGGUCGCUGGGACAAUACCCCGACCGGACGGAUAUUGUGGAGAAUGUGACGGUUCGGAAUGUUCGAGUGCAACCGUCCUUCCAACGGGCGAUGAAUUCCGGGGUUUACUUCAAGAGCUGGAUCGGGGUCAAUUAUGGUGUUCCUCCGAAUGGUGGCGGGGGCGGCCAUGGAUACGUGCGCAACGUCUCAGUCGAAAACCUUCGACUCAAGGAUGUGCAGUUACCUGUGUAUAUUGACACCUGGUGA